UCUUAAAAAUUCUCUGUAGAAUUCAGCACGUGUGUUCCGAUUAAAAUUGUUUUAAAAAAAAACUAAAGUAUAAAUGUUAGUUAAAAUUUUUUCGGAUAAGCCGGGUGAAGAGAGAUGCGUUCAAAUUCAUAAUGAUAUGAAUAUACUAGAUGUCAAGGUUCAGUUGCAGCGAUUCAUUUUUAAGCAGCCAGAGUAUCUACAGCUCAGGCAUAUGAACGUGGUUCUGGACAAUGAAGUUGAGAUAUCGAAGGUGUGGCUGGCGAUGUUGCGGGCUGGAUCGGAAAAGGAACAAAUCCUUAUUUUCAACCAGAAUGGGGACCAGUUGGAGUUCCGUUUGCAGCUUCUGGAAGACAUGGGAGGGGAUUCUUCGGACAAGAGCAUGGAUGUCACGUCCCUCAACCAUUCCGGUUCGAUGAAGACCUGCACUUCAAUAGGAAAACCCUUUGGCUCGGGAGAUAGCAAGGGGCCAAAGUGCAGCAAAGUUUCCAGCCAAAGCGAUAUUUCAACAGCAAGCAGCAGCUUGGAAAGCAGCAGCUCAGUAAGCAGCGACAGCUCAAAUGGAUGCAAUAUCCAUGAUCCCUGUGAGAUCAAGUGCUGCAUUCAGGAGGAUAGAGUUCGUCCUCCAUUUGCCAAGGUGAUGCCAGAGAUGAGGCGGUAUGGGCUGGUCUUUAGCAACGACGAGAAUCCGUGCGAUUGCGACUUCAGUUGCAUCCUAAUCUUCCUGGUCCAACGGUUCCAGCAGUCCCAUGAAUCGCGUUCCCUCACCUUUAGCGAAUGCACCUCGGUGGAGUCCUUCGAUUGCAACCUACUGAUCGUCUGCGAAAACGAUGACACGAGUGACUGGAUCCUGCGGGAAACACGCGCCAUGUGCCCCCCCUACAAGUGCACCACCUUCCUGAGGCACUUCGAGUUGGUCAGGGUGUCCUUUGUGAUUCCAAUGGUGGUUAAGAAGAAACUGUGCAGGAUAUUUGGAGUCUUCGAGAAGCAGAACUGCAGCCUGGACACCAGUAAAUGGUGUGUGAUGAGCCAAACCCCUCUGGACCCCUGCAGCGAGGAUUAUCAAUCGAAGGUGGUGUACGAGGGUGCGAAGCACGUGGAGAUCAUUGCCUACAUUGACCAGGAGAGCGUGGAUGUCAUCAAGAGCAGGUGCUCCACGAUCUGUUACCUUUUCUGGCAUCUACGUGUGGAUUUUUGCCCGUCAAUAAGUUGUACCCCUUAAUUUUAAAGGUGCACUGCAUGCCCAGCUAUCCCAACAUAGAAAUUCUCUGUGAAGUAUUCCAAGACUUUGUCUCAAUGAAUUCGUUUUUAUAUACUUGUAUCAAUAUGUACUCGUAACUAUUUUAAAAGUUUAAUAUUUUUGAAAGAUAAAUAUAAAAAAUGUUAAAGUUGCAAACGCA